ACUAAACAUGGGAUUUCUACCAGAUUCGUGGCAUUUCUACAUUGAAACUUUGCUCGUUGCACUUCUUGCCUAUGUUGUCAUGCGGAACAGAUCCAAACGUCAACAAGAAAAACUUUCAAAGAAACUAACUGAAAGGCAGAAAGAUGAAUUAAUUGCUGAUUGGACUCCGGAACCAUUGGUUCCUGAAACACCACAAGACCAUCCUGUACUGAAUCCAAAAUAUGCUGAUGGAAAAAUGACAAAGGAUGUUUCGAUCGAUGGCGAAAAGUAUCUCAACAUGGCAUCAACAAAUUUCCUCAGCUUUAUCGGAGUCAAACGGAUUGAAGACCGUGCGAAACAGACGAUUUUCAAGUACGGCGUAGGAUCGUGCGGGCCACGUGGAUUCUACGGAACUGUUGAUGUUCAUUUGGACCUUGAAAAAGAAUUGGCAAAAUUUAUGGGAUGUGAGGAGGCUGUUCUGUACAGCUAUGGGUUUGCUACAGUAUCUUCAGCAAUUCCCGCAUACGCUAAAAAGGGAGAUGUCAUCUUUGUUGACGAAGGUGUUAACUUUGCAAUCCAAAAAGGUCUUCAAGCAUCACGAAGUCGUGUUGAAUAUUUCAAGCAUAACGACAUGGAGCACUUGGAGAGGUUAUUACUGGAACAAGAACAAAGAGACAAGAAAGACCCGAAAAAGGCCAAGUCUGUACGGCGAUUCAUUGUUGUUGAAGGCCUCUAUGUAAAUUAUGCGGAUCUUUGCCCACUUCCCAAGAUUAUCGAGUUCAAAUGGCGAUUCAAAGUUCGUGUUUUCAUUGACGAAAGCUGGUCAUUUGGAGUCAUUGGAAAAACCGGAAGAGGAGUCACCGAGCACUUCAACGUUCCGAUGGAGGACGUUGAUAUGGUAAUGGCCUCACUCGAAAACGCAUUGGCGUCAACUGGAGGAUUCUGUGUUGGAAGAUCAUAUGUAGUUGGGCAUCAGCGGCUUUCAGGACUCGGAUAUUGCUUUUCUGCUUCUCUUCCACCUCUUCUUGCAACGGCCGCGUCUGAAGCUAUUUCUAUCAUUGAUGAAGAACCAAGUAGAGUUCAAAAAGUUACUGAAAUGGCUAUAAAUGGUCAGAAAAAGCUACAAGAUGCGCUGAGUGGAUCGAAAUUUUCAUUGCAAGGAUGUCCAGAAAGUCCAAUGAAGCAUAUCUAUUACAAUGGGGAAGAUGAAGAAAAGCAAUUGGAUACAUUUGUGGAGACAGUCUUCACAAAAAAUCAUCUCCUACUGACCAGAGCUCGAUACCUCGACAAGGACGAAUUGUUCAAAAUUCGGCCAAGCAUUCGAGUAAUGUUCCAACACGACUUAACUGAAGAGGAGAUUCAAAGAGCUGUCGAUGCUAUCCGAGUUGUUGCUCAUAAAUUCUAACUACUUACAUUGUAAAUUUAAUGUGAUAUAUAUAUACAGAUAUCUCGUGCCAAAUUUUUCUGUUUUAAUUGUUUCAAACUUCUUUUAGUCAGAAUUUUAGACCAAAGUUUUAUUGUUAUCAUUAUUAAAAUUAUAUUAAAUUUGC